AUGCUGUCUUCUCGGUGGCUAACAACGCUUCUCAUGCUGAUGGCGGUCUCCGUCCUCAUUACCUCCGGCGUUAAUGCAACGGAGUUGAGCCAAGACCAAGUUCCACUGCCGGUGUCUGGAAGCCGCAGGAUGCUGCUACGUGGCGCUACAGAGGCCGACGCUGACAACGAAGACCGAGGGGGUUUCUCGUGGCUGAGGCAGCAGUACUGGCUUGAGACCGAGAAAUCCAAGAGCUACGUCAAGCAGGCCUUGGGUUUGGACGGGCUGGAGGGAGCCGCGCUGAAGGCUGCCCCGAAUUUCGUUCACUACGACGAUUUCGUGUACGCGCGUCAAGGGAAUAUUUUGAAGAACUGGUUGGACGAGGGUCUCACCACACCGCAACUCGCGAAGCACUACAAGCUAAAUGACAUCCCAGCGAUCGAACUGAAAAAAGACACCAACAAGUACAAAAAACUCGUGCGAUUCGCCAAGAUGGAGGACGAGAAGAUAUUUAACUUGAGGAACAGCGACGUGGACGUCAAGAUGGUGAAUGGAGGCAGCCCAGCGGAGAUGGAAGCAAAACUGGAGGCCUGGGUGUCGGCAAGGCGCCCCAGAUACUACGUGAGAAAGAUGCUCAAUCUGGACAAUAGGUCUCGGAAGACUCUCCUGGGGAGUAAAUACUACUCGUACUACGGUAGAUUUUUGGGGCUGACCGGACAAAAACCAACGCUUCCGCAAAAGCCCGCGGUAGAGGCUUAG